GACGAGUCCAAAGUCCAAUUUUUUAUUUCUCUCUCUACAAUAAAACCAAAUUAUAUUUUCUCUCUCUAAGAUUUCAUCGUCUCUGUUCCUAUAUCACAUUGCUUUACUGCCAAGACAAAGCUAUCAAUUUUUGGAAUUUCCAUUUUUUUUUUGGUUUCAAAUUCUUCUGAUACAAACUUAUUCCUACCCUUUACCUUUUCCGUACAGUCCUAGAUUACAUAGAUAGAUCUCUCAGAUUACUUCUGUGCCCAUUUUUUUUCUCUCAGUGUAGAAUUAAUUAACCUCUCUAACCAUGGCUGGUCGCUACGAUCACAACCCUUUUGCCGAAGAAGAAGAAGUCAACCCUUUCUCUAACCCCGGAACUGCUGCUACAGCCAGAGACUCAAGGUUGUCUCCUCUUCCUCCCGAGCCUGUUGAUUUCAAUUAUGGUCGAGGUUCCACGGUUGAUAUCCCUAUGGAUUCGAAUAUGGAUUUGCGAAAGAAAGAGAAGGAACUCCAAGCAAAAGAAGCUGAAUUGAGAAGGCGUGAGCAGGACCUAAGACGGAGAGAAGAAGCUGCAGCUCGGGCUGGAAUAGUUAUCGAAGAGAAAAAUUGGCCACCUUUCUUUCCAAUAAUUCAUCAUGAUAUUGGAAAUGAAAUACCAAUACAUUUACAGAAAAUGCAGUAUCUUGCGUUCUCGACAUGGUUAGGAUUGAUGGUUUGCCUUCUCUGGAAUAUCAUAGCAGUUUCAACAGCAUGGAUUAAAGGAGAAAGGGUGACGAUCUGGUUCCUAGCUCUCAUCUACUUCAUAUCAGGGGUCCCAGGUUCUUACGUGCUGUGGUACCGUCCACUAUACCGUGCUUUUAGGAGUGAAAGUGCUUUUAAGUUUGGAUGGUUUUUCUUGUUUUAUCUGCUUCACAUUGCCUUCUGCAUAUUCUCUGCGGUCGCUCCUCCUAUUGUUUUCAGAGGAAAUUCUCUCACUGGUAUUCUGCCUGCAAUUAAUCUUAUUGGUCAGAAUGCUUUGGUUGGGAUCUUUUACUUCAUCGGGUUCGGCCUAUUUUGCAUGGAGUCGUUGGUCAGUGUCUGGGUUAUUCAGCAAGUAUACAUGUACUUCCGAGGGAGUGGUAAGGCUGCUGAGAUGAAGCGUGAAGCUGCAAGACAAGCCAUGAGGGCAGCACUAUGAAGCGAUUCACAUAAUCACAUUCACCAGCUGAGCUGAGUCUAUGAAAAUGGAAUGAAUGAAGUUAGAUUGUAUAUGCACUAUGCGAUGCCCUUAGCCUUAGCCUUAGCUUAUACAAAUGCUUGUUUGCUGCUUGUGUUCAUAUUUGUUUAUCACCAUGACACCGAUUGUUACAAACAAACAAACUACCAGAGUUAGUUUUUGCUAUGAUAUGAGUGGCCUUGUACCCAUUUUUUCCCA